AUGGCUUACAAAUCAGCGUUCGAUGCUUCCGCCAUUAAAGCCGACCUCGAGGCCGCCGGAGUUAACCCUAAUUUCGCCCCACUCAUCUGGAAACACGUCUUGAAAAACCCCAAUUGCCGGUGGGACGAAAUUCCCUCUCUGCCCUCCUCAGCCUACACUCUCCUCAAUUCCAAGUUCAGACCCUGCACCUCCGCUCUUCACUCCGCCGUAAAUUCUUCCGACGAUGUCACCACGAAGCUCCUCAUAAAAUUGCAGAAUGGUGAGUUUGUGGAGGCCGUGAUAAUGAGAUACGAUACUCGGCUGGGUAAAUACAAUGGGAAGCCUCGUCCGGGUGGUCCCAGGGCAACCCUGUGCAUAUCUUCACAGGUUGGAUGCAAAAUGGGUUGCAACUUCUGUGCGACGGGGAGCAUGGGGUUCAAGAGCAAUCUUUCGUCAGGGGAAAUUGUGGAGCAAUUGGUGCACGCCUCUCGCAUAUCAGCUAUACGCAAUAUUGUGUUUAUGGGAAUGGGGGAGCCGCUAAAUAACUACAAUGCAGUGGUCGAAGCUAUCAGAGUUAUGACAGCUCCUCCAUUUCAGCUGUCACCAAGGAAAAUUACCGUCUCAACGGUUGGCAUAAUCCAUGCUAUUAGCAAGCUACAAAAGGACCUACCAAACUUGAACCUAGCAGUUUCAUUGCACGCGCCAGUUCAAAACAUUCGAUGUCAGAUAAUGCCUGCUGCAAGGGCCUUUCCUCUUGAAAAACUAAUGAAUGCAUUGCGAGAAUAUCAAAUUAGCAGUCAGCAAAAAAUAUUUAUCGAGUACAUAAUGCUCGAUGGCGUGAACGACGAGGAGCAGCAUGCUCACCAGCUUGGCAAAUUGCUAGAGACAUUUCAAUCUGUUGUGAAUUUGAUACCUUUUAAUCCAAUCGGUUCUCUAAGUCCAUACAGAACAAGCGAUGAUGAUAAGGUCUUGAAAUUCCAGAGAAUCCUCAGGGGCACUUACAAUAUCCGAACAAUAGUUCGUAAGCAGAUGGGCCAAGACAUAAGUGGCGCAUGCGGUCAGUUAGUAGUUAAGAAAUCCAAUAAUACUUCAGAACUCAUAACUGACAUUGAAGAUAUUCAUAUAUGA